GUAGAAGCUCUGAAUGAAAGCCCUCGCGCGUCUCUGACGCACCGGAUCAUGUGUCGGUUACCGUGGAUGUCCCGAGCUCGGCUUUCCUCCGUCCUCGUCUGGGCUCCGGUGCGGCGCGACGCGUUCUCAGAAGGUGAGCUCUGUGUGACGAGCCUCCAUGACACCCAGUUUCACAACUGAAGCUCCGUGUCUGAGGGAGCGUCUCCUUCCACCUGCCCAAAUGCUGGGUUUUCAUUCUGAUCCCCCUGUUCUCCACUAAACUCCCUCAACAGACCAUCCCCUGCCCACCAUCACCAUACUCACCAUGUCAAGCCGAAGGAAGUCGUUCAACCCCUGUAUGCUCCGUGCAACCAGUUUUCCUGCAGAAGACUCUUUGGAAAUGGAUGUUUCAGCGGUGCCACUCACAACACACGAAAACUGGAUGUCACUGAACAAUGAAGAAGAGGACCAGUCAGAGUGGGGUUCUGCAUCGGAGCAGGGUUUGAAUAUUAGAGAUCAUGAGGAGAUCCCUCAGUCUGAAAGUCCAGUCAGUACACUCUACCUUUGUACCAUCUGUAAUUUCAGUACCAACAAGUUUGAGUCCCUGUCAUGCCAUAAUAAAGUGCAACACCCAGGUGAGAGUCAUUUUAAGGUCAGGCAUAUCAAACUGGAUAGCCAAAGCAUCCUGGAGCAAACCAUUGAGAGCAAGAAUGAUAGAUCCAUUCAGGAAGCUAAGGACACUAUAAAAGACUUGGGACCGUUUUUAGACUCCAGCAAUUCAGCAGGUGAAGACACUGGAAAGACACCAAUGGAAAACAGCAGCAUUUUGGAUAAAGGCCUAGAUGUGGAGAAGGAGCUGGACAGUCCAGUGCUGAAGGAUGAGAUCAGAGCAGUGAGCGUAAAUGGUACCAUCAUUAUUCCGGAACCUGUGUGUCAUGUAACGCCUCUGCUACAGCGACCUCCCAGUCUCAGCACCUCUCCAACAAUCGCAGUUCCUAUUCACACCACCAAGUACAACCCCAUAUUGGACAGCAAUGUUACCCUGAUCACAUCUUUUAACAGAUUCCCAUAUCCGACCCACACAGAGCUCUCCUGGCUCACUGCAGCUUCCAGGCACCCUGAGGACCAGAUCAAGGUAUGGUUCACCACUCAGCGACUGAAGCAAGGCAUCACCUGGUCCCUUGAAGAAGUAGAAGAAGCCCGUAAGAAGAUGUUCAAUGGCAGUAUACCACCCACACACCAGACCUGUGAAGUUUUGCCUGCACCUGCCGGUAAAACACACAACCCUGGACAGGCACAAUCAGCUACUUGUCAUGGAUUUGGACAGACCAGCCUUGCAUCAAACAUCACCGCUGACAGAUCACCCACUACUUGUACGCCUGGCAUUGCUACAGCAGUCCGUCAGGCACAGACACUUAAGCGGCCUUUAGGAACUUCUUUCUUGGCUUCAGUGGUCAAACGUCCAACUGGAGACCCCAAAGAGAGUAUGCGCAUGCCCCCUCCACCAGCUCCACCUCCAGAAAGACUCGCUAUCGCUUCUUUUCCUGGGCUUUCAGAGACUAAAACAUCUAGCCCUGGUUCUUUGGUGGCCUCGGACAUGAAGAGACCUGUUCCAGUACAUUUUGUCCCAUCUAAAGGGGAACCCCCAAUAGUUCAAUCCAAAGAGAAGAUACCUGUGGCACUUCCUUCAGUGUUGCCCAAAGAAAAACUCCCUUUGUUACCCAUAGUUUCCACCAAUCUCAAAAGAUCUGUAAUUGCUCAGCAAUUGAGCAAUCAUGCUUCAGCCUCCUCGUUCGUUGCUAAAAACAAGUUUGGUAAUGGUGUAACCGUGCCCUUAGCACCAGCUGUGGCGACCCCACAAAUGAGUAGACCAACCAUCAUUCAGACAUUGUCGGCCGUGCCUCUGUCCCUAUCUCCAACUCCAGUCCUUCAGUGUAAGUCUAUAGAGUCAUCAGUUGCUCCAGUGUUCUCAUGCUUCAGUAGUCAGAAUGGAAAAGAAACUACAAAUUCCCAGAAUGAUUCCCAGAAGUCACAUGUUGAAUUUGCUCUGAGGGAGCAUUGUGUUCCCACUCAGUUUCCUCUACUAGAGAGAGUGAAGGACAAGAGUCCUGAACAAAUGAAGCUUCUAGAGGAGAGUUUUCAGAGGAACAGUUUCCCAUCCUAUAAUGAGGUCGAGCACCUCGUGAUCACCACUAGGAUGUCCAGAGAGGAAAUUGAAAGC